AUGUGUUGUAUCUUCUUGUUCCGAUUCAAUUACUAUCACUUUUACAGCAAGUCUUUUAAUGCCCAAGAGGCUUUUGCCGUCUCUAAGUCCUCUUCAUCAGAAUCGGGAGUUUCUUUCUUCAAAUCGAUUGUACGCUUCAUCCUUUUUUUUUUUUCAACCUUUUUCAUCUCUCUUUGUUAUUCUUUGUCAUCUCACUUUUCCUUCAUCCAUUUUAUCUCGCGUUUUCAUUAUUCUUUUUUUUAUCUGUUUCUUCAUUCCUUUUCUUCUUCCAUUUACGUUGUUAUUUUUCUUGUUUUUUUUUCUUUAUUCGCUUUCAUCUCCCAUUUUCUUUAUAUAUUUCCCUUUUCCUUUUUUUGUUUUUGUUGUUCUAUUUGUUUUUUUCUCUUUCAUACGCCCUUGUCUUUAUUUUUCUUCAUUCAGUUUCUUGACUCUUUUUCAUUGCUCUUUUUUCCGUUUUCAUCACCCUUUUUCUUUAUUCUCUUUCAUUUUUUUUUUAUAUCUACCUAUUCACUUCUUUCUAUUUUCUCUCUUUCACACUCAUCUCAUGACAUUUUAUUGUCUCUCUGUCUGUCUUUCUUCUUCUUCUUCGUCGUCGUCGUCUAUUAUUAUUAUUCGUCUUCUUUUUCUUUUUUCUUCGUUUUAAAUGUUACUAAAUGUUAUCUUAAAACUUAUACGUUCUUCUUUUCUCUCUUCACCUGUUUAGUUUACAUUUCCUUUCCCUCUUUCUGGCCACACGUUGCUAUCAUAUUUACUCAGUCCCUGUUUACUCUCCUUGCUAAUCACCAUCAUUGCCUCCUUGUACAAUUCAUCUUCACUUCGCGCUGUUAG